AUGGGGGUGAACACGGAAGGCGAGGAGAUGGGUCCAGGAUCAUCAUUAACAGAUGGAGUCGAGGAUACUAAGAAAACUUGCGGGUUUGAACAAGGGACUGAAAAUGAGAAGAGCCUUCCUCAAGACGCUGAUGGUGACGUAGGAAUUCAAGAUCAGAAAACGGCCAAGGGAACCGGUAGACCACUGAUCACACCAAAGCAAAACAUGCCAUCACAACAUAUAUCCGGUGCUUUGGAUUCAGAACACAAUGAAGGACGGAUAGAGCAUACAGAUGGAGAAGAUAGAGGACUGUCUAAUACUCCUACAUUACUUCGACCUAAUGCAGAUAUUGAGGACGAAAAGACAGAGCUGUCACAGGGCGCUCUUGUAAAUUUGAAUACCAACACAUCUGCUGAUGACAGGUGCGUAAAAUGGGAAGAAUAUUCUUCUUCUCUGCAGCUAGGAGAACUCAUGGAAAUCGUAGAGACUGAUAUGAAUGAUUAUUAUGAAAAAAUGAACAACUCUGACAUAGACCAGAUGGAUGAGGAAGGAUACACGCCGCUCUACAAGGCAGCUUUAGAAGGUCAUCUCGUAGAUGUUUCUGUUCUCAUUUUACGGGGAGCAAACCCAAAUAAACCAAGUAAGGAUGGACUCCGUCCUCUUCAUGCAGCGGCUCAUGAAGGACAUGCACACAUCGUUGACUUCCUCAUCCUUCAAGGAGCGGACGUAAGUGUUGAGUGUGAGCUGGGUCAGACUCCUCUUCAUACAGCAGCAUCCGGUGGCUAUACUUGUAUCAUAGAUAAUCUCAUUGCAGAAGGAGCUAAUGUGAACAAGGAAGAUAACACUGGGUGGACAUCAUUCAAUGCUGCCAUCAAAUAUGGCAAUCUAGAAGCCGUCAAAUACCUCAUGGCUAAAGGAGUAAAGCAGAACAGAUAUGAUGGAAAGACCCCGCUCCAUGUCGCAGCACGAUAUGGUCAUUUAGAUAUCGUCAAAUUAUUCAUUUCCAAUAGAGCUGAUAUGAACGAAGAAGAUGACAAUGGGAUGAUUCCUCUCCACGGUGCAGCUUUUGCAGGCCACUUGAAAGUCAUGGAAUAUCUCAUUCAGCAAGGGUCCGAUGUGAACAAGGUUGAUGCUGAGGGUUGGACGCCAUUCAAUGUGGCUGUUCAAUAUGGUCAUCUAGACGCCGUCAAACAUCUCAUUGCUGAAGGUGCGAAGCAGAACACACAUGAUGGAAUGACCCCACUCUAUGCCGCAGCACAAUUUGGUCAUUUAGACGUCCUCGAAUUCUUCAUUGAUGAAGAAGCUGAUGUUAAUGAAGAAGAUGAAAAAGGGAUGAUUUCCCUCCACGAUGCAGCUGCUCGCGGCCAGUUGAAAGUCAUGGAAUAUCUCAUUCAGCAAGGGUGUGAUGUGAACAAGGAAACAAGCACUGGGUGGACUCCAUUGCAUGCUGCCGUUGAAUAUGGCCGUCUCGAAGCCGUCAAAUACCUCAUGACCAGAGGAGCGAAGCAGAACACACAUGAUGGAAUGACCCUACUCUAUGUCGCAGCACAAUUUGGUCAUUUAGAUAUCGUCAAAUUCUUCAUUUCCAAAGGAGCUGAUGUAAACAAAAGCAAUGACAAUGGGAGGAUUCCUCUCCAUAGUGCAGCUACUGGAGGCCACUUGAAAGUCAUGGAAUAUCUCAUUCAGCAAGGAUCUGAUGUGAACAAAGCAGAUGCCGAGGGUUGGACACCAUUCAAUGCUGCUGUCCAAUAUGGCCAUCUUGAAGCCGUCAACUAUCUCAUGACUAAAGAAGCAAAGCAGAACAGAUGUUAUGGUAUGAACUCACUCUAUAUUGCAGCACGAUUGGGUCAUUUAGAUAUCGUCAAAUUCUUCAUUUCGGAAGGAGCUGAUGUGAACAAAAGAAAUGACAGUGGGAGGAUUCCUCUCCAUGGUGCAGCUCAAGGAGGCCACUUGAAAGUCAUGGAAUAUCUCAUUCAGCAAGGAUCUGAUGUUAACAAAGCAGAUGCCGAGGGUGGGACACCAUUCAAUGCUGCUGUUCAAAAUGGCCAGGUAGAAGCUGUCAAAUAUUUCAUGACUAAAGAAGAAAAGCAGAACAGAUGUAAAGGCAUGACCCCAUUGUUUGUCGCAGCACGAUUUGGUUAUUUAGAUAUCGUCAAAUUCUUAAUUUCCAAAGGAGCUGAUGUGAAUGAGAAAGAUGACAACGGGAUGAUUCCUCUCCACGGUGCAGCUGGUGGAGGCCACUUGAAAGUCAUGGAAUAUCUCAUUCAGCAAGGAUCGGAUGUAAACAAAGCACAUGCCGAGGGUUGGACACCAUUCAAUGUUGCUGUUCAAGAGGACCAGCUAGAAGCUGUGAAAUAUCUCAUGACUCAAGGAGCGAAGCAAAACAGAUAUGAUGGAAUGACCCCACUUUAUGUCGCAGCGCGAUUUGGUCAUUUAGAUAUCGUCAAAUUCUUCAUUUCCAAUGGCGCUGAUAUGAACAAAGAAAGUGACAACGGGAAGAUUCCUCUUCAUGGUGCAGCUACUCGAGGCCACUUGAAAAUCAUGAAAUAUCUCAUACAGAUGGGAUCUGAUGUUAACAAAGCAGAUGCCGAUGGUGGGACGCCAUUACAUGCUGCAAUCAGUAACGGCCAUUUAGAAGUUGUCAAAGUUCUCUUGGCAGAAGGAGCUCAGGGUACCAGGUUUGGAGGAUUGACCCCACUUUACAUCGCAACACAAUAUGACCAUAGUGAUGUGGUAAACCUCCUUGUCUCCCAUGAAUAUGAUGUGAACGAAAGAAAUGAAUGCGGCAAGUCCCCUCUUCAUGCAGGAUGCUAUAAUGGCAACAUGGAUAUCGUGAAAUUACUCGUUCAUCACAAUGCUAAUGUCAAUGAACAAGAUCAUGAUGGAUGGACACCCCUCCAUGCUGCUGCACAAGAGAUGAAAAACAUAGCUUCGUAG